AUUACUGUAAAGUUCAGCUGAGUUUGUUUAGUCUCUCUGAGAAUGAUAAAGUUCACAUCAGUGAGCGUAAAGUUCAGGCUGCUUUACAGGAAUGUCAGAGUGAGUUGGGGGGGUCCAGGCUAUACAGACGGAUAAAUAGAGGAGAGUUUCAGUGACCAGGGACAGCUGCUGAUCACUUCAACCACAGAAAACCCUCUCAGAGCAGUCAUGUGGAGGUCAGUCCUGGUGCUCAGUUUGCUCUGUUGGGGGACCGGCGGGGCAGUGACCUGCAAAGACGAGAGAAACAACGCAGUACCCUGGUACAUCCUGUAUAAGGCCCCCUCCCUACAGUCCAAGUCCCUGACCGGUCUGGAGUACCUGUACAUCGAUUCAACUACAGAGAGGACGGUACAUGCCGUUCCACCCUUCUAUAAUGGCAUCGCUGACAGAAACGGCGUCCUGGCAAACACUCUGCAGCCCAUGUUCACUCCCAUCAGAUCCAUGCCGGCUACCUUUGGAUUCAUCAGCUACAGCGAUCAGCCUCCAGGAAGCAGAGCUAGUGACAAGUUUGGUCACAGUAAAGGGGUCCUGAUGAUGGAUAAAACCAGCACUGGAGUCUGGCUCUUUCACAGCACACCUCAGUUCCCUUUCAGGAGAGACCGGGAUCAUUUCUGGCCUGACAGCGGAACGACUAACGCCCAGAUCUUUCUCUGUGUCACAUUCCCCUACAGCGAGUUCAAUAAGAUAGGCACACAUCUGCAGUACAUCAGAGCUUACCCGUUUGAGCAUGAUCUGCCAGCGGACUUUCAUCAAGAACUUCGGGACGCUGCGAACUGGGUCUCAGCUCAGCCAUCCAAUAACUUCAUGACGCUGAUGUCUACCGACCCGUUUCAGAGAUUUUCCAGCAUCGCUAAACGCACGUCAGAGCAGCCAAAAGAUGGAGAUCUUUACGUCACCCUUGCACAAGGACUCAACAGUGACGUUCACGUCCAGACGUGGGGCGGCCAGCCUGAUCGUAAACGUUCGCUUUGCAUUAUUGGUUAUAAGAAAGUGUUGAACGUCAAGAGUAUCUCGACCUACCUGGGUGACUGGGAGCCUGGGAACGACCACUCUAAGUGGUGUGUGACUAAGAGCCAAGAUAACCUCUGGGUCUGUAUCGGUGAUGUAAACAGGGCGACGACGCAGUACCAGAGGUGGGGGGGUGCUCUGUGCAUGGAAAACGCCAGGAUACAGCACGCAUUUCUGCAGUUUGCCAGGGCCACUGAUGACUGCUCAGCUUUAGACUCAAUGAGAGAGUUCUAUGGGUUACAGUUAACUGGAUAGUGAAUCCUUCGCUAACCCUUCCUGUUAGAUCAGGGGUGUCAAACUCAAGGCCCGGGGGCCAAACCCGGCCCGUGAUGCAGUUAUACCCGACCCACCAGAUCAUAUGAUAUUUUAUUAGAACUGGUCCACCAGUAUGAGGUCUGCAGAUUUCCUCCAGUAUAAAAAUAUAAACUUAACCUUGAUGAUU